CAGAGUUGUUCUCAGCUUCAAAGUUCAAACUACACAACGUGAGAGACUCUCUACUGCUUGUGUCUCUCUACUCUCCUUUUCCCUUUCAACCGUCCACCUCCAAAUCGUCAACCCACUCCCUCCCUCUCUAAAAGCAUAUCUCUCUUUCUCUUCAAAACCCUCUGUAAAUUCAGAUCUCUCUUACAAUGGGCAAGACCUCAAUCAUCUUGUACAUAACUAUAGCUCUACUUUUUCUCUUACUAGUAACUCAUACUCCAAAGAAACCAUCAAACCUCCGCAACCGCCGCAUCAAGAUCCGGAAUGACUUCGCCUUCGACCCCCGCCACCACCACCACAAACCGGUGCCUUUUGAUCCUCUUGUUGCUGACAUUGAACGCAAACGUGAAGACAAGGAAUGGGAGAGACAGUACUUGGAAAAUUCACAUCCUGAACUUGUUCAUCACUCGGCUGCUCCUGGUCACGAGUCACAGCCCGAGGGGGAUGAUUUUAUGGAUGCUGAAGAUUAUUUGAAUGAUGAAGAGAAAUUUAAUGUUACUAAUAGGUUGUUGGUGCUAUUUCCAAAGAUUGACGUGGAACCAGUUGAUGGUUAUGUGAGUGAAUAUGAAUUGACUGAGUGGAGUUUGAAGCAAUCUGAGAAGGAAGUUAUGCAUAGGACUAAAAGGGAGAUGGAUGUUCAUGAUAAAAAUCAUGAUGGGCUCAUUUCAUUUGCUGAGUAUGAGCCACCUAGUUGGGUACAUAAUUCAGAUAAAAAUUCUUUUGGCUAUGAUAUGGGUUGGUGGAAAGAAGAACAUUUCAAUGCAUCAGAUGCAGAUGGAGAUGGUCUUCUGAACAUAACCGAGUUCAAUGACUUUCAACAUCCUUCUGACAGCAAAAACCCAAAGCUACUUCAAUGGUUGUGCAAGGAGGAAGUAAGGGAAAGAGAUUCUGACAAAGAUGGGAAGGUUAACUUUCAAGAGUUCUUCCACGGGCUAUUUGACUCUGUGAGAAAUUAUGAUGAAGAAGGUCAUAAUUCAUCACAUCUGUCGGAUGAUUCUGUGGAGGCCCCUGCUAAGAAGUUGUUCAAUGAGCUGGACAAAGAUGCUGAUGGAUUCCUGUCAGAUGUAGAGUUGCUACAUAUAAUUGGGAAACUUCAUCCAUCAGAGCGUUACUAUGCAAAACAACAAGCUGAUUACAUCUUGUCACAGUCAGAUACGGACAAAGAUGGACGGCUAUCAUUGACAGAGAUGAUUGAGAACCCAUACGUAUUUUACAGUGCUAUUUUCAGUGAUGAAGAUAAUGAGUACGACAUACAUGAUGAGUUCCGUUAAUUUUGGCUAGGAUAUUUCCCAUAUAAGAAAACAGCUGUAGGACUUGAAUUCUUUUGUAGCAAGAGUAUAAUGGUUUAUACAUUAGUAAUGGUAAAGUUCUUACAACAUUCACGAGGAUCAUGCACCACAAUUUUCUUUUUUGAUCAUUAUGGAGCCCAGCUCAUUCUGUUGUGAAAUUUACCACUGGAUCAUGAUUGGACUAUCAACUUUCUGGCAAAUAUUUGUUUGAUUUACGUUUGAUUUUUAGAUUUUUAGAUUUUUGGCUUUCAAUUUCUGACAUUUCUAUCUAGUUAACAUGAAUGUAUGUAUCAUAAAAGGCUUGAGCAUCGUUAAUUGUUUAGAGCAGUCAUUUGAACAUACAGUAACUUUGUACACUGUUGAAAAUGAGUUUCAAAAAGUAUCUGGAAGGCAUCUGUUAAACUUACACAAA